AUGCAAGGAAGGAAGGUCAGACAUCUUAACAGCAUACAACGACCAUUCGCAUUGGGAAUCACACGGGCGUACCGCACCACCUCCACCGAUGCCAUUAACGUACUUGCUGGUCUCUUUCCCCUGCACAUCCGGGUUGAGGAGGAGGCAGCACGCCAACACAUUUUGCAACUUAAGAAGGCAGUUACUUUUGACGAUGAAACAUACUACCCGGAUGAGUACGAAACAAACUUCUGCCCUCUUGACGACGUCCACCCGGCAGAGAAAGGCAAAGGGAUACUUAUCUCAAUUAAUCCCACUGCAACUCAUCACUCAAGGGAAAUGACCAUCUAUACAGACGGGUCUAGAUUGGACGAAAGAGUGGGAUGCGCCUAUGUCGCCACGAAACAAGACAACGCAAUCGAGAAAUGGAAAGGACAGUUAAGACAACAUAACAGUGUCUUUCAAAGCGAAGCAGUGGCAAUUGCACAAGCGAUUCGCUACCUGCACUCGCACCAGCAUAGCCAUGUCACCAUUAAAACGGACAGCUUAUCAUCGUUAUAUGCCAUUUGGAAUGCAGAUCAUCCCUCGGAGAUUAUACAGGGAAUCCAGAGAGAUCUUAGAAGUAACCCCCAGUACCGCACAAAAUUAGAGUGGAUAAAGGCUCAUGUUGGCCACUAUGGCAAUGAACUUGCCGACCAACUCGCCAAAGAGGCAACAACUGACCCGCCUGAUGCACCAAUUAUCAUCCCAUGGCCGCAUUCGUAUUUAAAGAAGACACUACGCCUAAGGGCUACUGGCAUGUGGCAGAACGAAUGGGACCAAAGCACCACAGGGAGGAGGACCCACUACUUCAUCGGCUAUGUGGAUACUAGCCGAAAUGUAGCGAACGCACAGUUGCUUACUAUAGAAAAUGCUAUAGAAAUAACUAUAGAAAAUGCUAUAGAAAUAACUAUAGAAAAUGCUAUAGAAAUAACUAUAGAAAAUGCUAAAGAAAUAGCUAUAGAAAAUGCUAUAGAAAUAACUAUAGAAAAUGCUAUAGAAAUAACAAGAGAAAAUGCUUAUAACUGA